CAUUAAAGACAAAAUGACAAUAUACACAUCUAUUUAUAUUAACUGAAAAAACAACAUUGUAUACAUACAUGGAAUACAUGAAAUUACAUUCUGGUUGGCUUAUUGAACAAACACUGUUCUAAAUUAUUUAUCUUAAUUCAUUUACGAUUACAAAAAAAAUCAUCUGAUUAAAGGCUUUUUUUCGGUUUGGCACUUGAAUGAAAUGAAAUGUGUUUUGUUGUGAUGAUUGAUACACAUGGCAGAUAUUGAAUAGCCCUCACCAUACUGCUUUCACUAUUGAAAUGUCAACAGUUACCACUGUGAAGCUCAAUUACUCAUCACUGCUUGUGUUAAUUCCAGUUUCACCAAAGCAUUUAAUGCUAUAGGGGAAAAUUACAACCUUCGCUGUACACCUAAGUGUGAACACACGGCUGUAUGAUGAGGAAAGCCCCUUCAUCAGCCAGGCUAUAAAACACUUAAGGAUGUCUGUGUUGAGUCAGUUACAACAAAGACUCUGAAGUCUAUCCAAGAUGACACUCUACUUCACUCCUGCACUGCUGCUCCUUGUGCUCACCUGUGCUCAGGUCAGCCAGUCUGUGCCCGUGGCGAGUAAAGGACCGCUGAGAGAAUCCUGUGUUGGAGACGCACGGGCACUUCUACAGAACAUCACUGAAGUACUCAAACAGAAUAAACUGUUCAAUGGAAUCAACUGCAGCAAGGAGAGUGUGGAGCUGAACAUGGAGACGAAGACGCCGUCUGUGUGCGCACCAAAGGAAUCAACAUGCUCAGGAAUAGUCAAGACACAGUUUGAUCAGGAGUCAUGUCUGACAAACAUUGGGGAUGAUUUACAUCACUACUAUAAAUUCUUUGCUGCUCAGCCGAACCGUGACAGCAGACUGGCUCUAACUGUUCUGUUCAGACUCAGAGAAAUCAUGGAGAACUGCUUCCAGUGGUCUCAGCUGCUCUCAAAGGAGGCUCCUGCAGAGCGUUCGAGCACCUACGAUGAACGACUGAGCCUCUGCAAAGUGCUGAAGGGCUUCCAGGUCCGCAGCAUCACAAUAAACAGAGCCAUUGCAUACAUGAACUCCGGUGAACACACUAAAUGAGACGCUCUCACGCAUAGAGUAGUUUCAUAUAGAUCACUCCAACUACAGGAGCGCUUCAUGUUACGAUAAUCUACUCCAUCACUUUUUAAGAGCACAUAUUUAUUAUUUAUGCAAUCAUGUAACUU